AUGCGCCUGCGUGGGCUGCUCCCCCUGCUACUAACCAAACUUGCACUCUCAUUCAAAGUGAUGAAAAUCAUCAUCCCGAACACGAGCGGACUGAAUGUGGUUGAUGGGAACUUCGAGCCAAAGUACUUCAUCAAAAAUAAGCUGCGUUUUGUUAGCCCCUAUGUGUAUACGUAUAAGCUGUAUACCAAAAAGAGAUGGAUAGGGAAAAGAAUUGCAGACGUUUUGUCCUCCGAAUUUUGCGCCUACGAUUUGAGCUACUUCCAGGAAUCUAUAAAAAAAGGGUACGUAAAGGUAAACGAGGAAAAUGUCUCCUGUGACUACCUCAUGAAGAGCAACGACCUCAUCCAACAUAAGCUCCUCCUCUUUGAGAAGCCAGUCAUGUGUAACAAAAUAUUAAUUCUUUAUGAAGAUAAGAAUUUCAUCUGUGUGUAUAAGUCCGCCAGUUUGCCCACCCACCCGGUUGGCUUCUACCAGUAUAACUCCCUCCUGCGACUUUUGCAAAACUAUAUUAGCUCCACUUUAGCAAAGGGGCACCCCUCUGGGGGGGACAGCUCCGGAGAGGCAAACCAAAAAGACGGACAAGCGGAACCGAACGAAGGGGACGUCAUCAAAAUUAACUUCAAUUUUAGGAAAGCCAAUUUUGGGGACAUUCCGGGGGUGGGACCCCCUUCUCAGGAGGAUCCCCAACAGGGGGGGGAACCAAAGGGGGGCGAGCCAGACCAGGGGAGGAGUCAAGUAGGGAAACACACCGCUGAGGAGCGCGCACAGCUGGCAGAAAAUUCGAAGAAAAGAAAACAGAGCGAAACGCUUCUAGACAACUACCUGAACGGGUCAGGUCAAAAUCGUAAAAGGGUAUCCACAAGUUUAAAAGGGGACAAUACCAAUGGGGGGGGUGAUCAUCCCACCAACCAGGGGGAGUUAAAGGAGGGGGAGGCCCCAAAUGGGCUGCUGAGCGAGGGGAAGGCCAACGCGGAUAGGACGGAAAAAUCGGACAAAUCGCUCUGCACAGAUAAGUCGGAAGAACUAAACGGUCAGGCCUACGCUUCUUUCCCCCCCGUGCCGCAUAAAGCGCAGUGGCGGGGGAAACGCCCCAAGUGCAGGAACAACGAAAGGAAAGACAAACCGGAAAAGGACGACUCCUACAUUUACACCCUGCACAGACUGGACAAGCUAACCUCGGGCAUUGUCCUCUUUGGGAAAAACAAAAGCUUUUCUACCUUCUUCUCCCAGAACAUCUCAAAUAAUAGCAUAACGAAGUCGUACGUUACUAGAGUGGAGGGCGACUUCCGUGCCCUCAUUAGGACCCUCUUGGAUCAGAAGAAGGUGAUUGACGAUUGGGAUAACAAAACGUUCAACGAGUUAGUGGAAGAGUUCUGCUCCGUUGGUAAGGACGAUUCUUCCCUCCCAUUUAAUGGCAGCAAUUCGUUUAAAAAUGACAUUUUCCUGUACAGAAAUGGGUACUGUGGGGAGGGGGCCCUGAGUGGGGAGGAAGACAUGGAGGCCCUGGCGAGCAUCGUGCGGGAAAAGAGGGGCUACCUGCUGGAUGAGUUCGAUGUGGAGAAAUUUGAACUGGGGGGCGCAUCCCGGGGGGGAAGCCAUGGAGGGAGCAGCCAAGGAGACGGGAGCCGCGAAGACAGCAGCCGCGAACAUAGCCGCGCUAGCGUGGAGGACGAGCCCCUCCGACAACACUUCGUCGUCGACUUCGGAUACAUGUACUGCGAAAAUAAGAAGCUGCUCAAAUACGUUUUCACAAAGUACACUCAGGGGAACCGCCAAAUCGCGGAGGAGUACUGCCUGAAGCCCAGCAUCACCCGAUUCAUGUUCCUGGCGUAUAACCCCGAAUUGAAGGAGUCACUCGUCUUGUGCCAACCCAUAACGGGAAGGACCCACCAGAUUAGGGCCCACCUGAAGAGCCUCUCCUUCCCAAUUUCGAACGACGCGCAGUAUAAUGAUAACUUCGCCAAGGAGUACAUGGAGAAGUCGGUGUACUUGCACUUUCACGAGGGGGACCACUCGGGGGAGCAGUCAGGGGAGCAGUUAGGGGAGCAGUUAGGGGAGCACUCAGGGGAGCACUCGGGGGACCACUCAGGGGAAGGAGUCCCACCCAACCAGGAUAAGAAGGACAGCCCCGAAAAGUACACCCACUUCCCUCUCAUCCCAUUUCUCAACACGUCCUUCCAUUGGCUCUACGACGAGAAGAUCAAUUUGAAUGACACAUACACCGAGGCAGAUUUGAAUAGGUACUUUUUUAAGCAAAUUAGCAACAUCACGUAUCACAGCUCGGGAAUAUUCCUGCACUCCUUUCGAUACACGUGGGAAAACGUCUUUGACGUUUUUACGCUUCUUCCAAAGUGGUGUUCUUUGUUUUGCCUCCCCAAGGGCCUACUCGCGUUUUUGCUCUACGGCUCCCUAUCGUGA